AUGAGCUCCAAACGGCGAUCAGCUGCCGCAGCUUCACCAGAUGUGAGGCGCGUAUCAAAGCGCCGAAAGAUAUCUGAUGAUGAUUUGACCGGUGCUGAUGUGAAUAAUCAGGCGCUGUCGCAUUUGGACUCGGAUCCAGCAUCUGCUGACGAGAAUGAAACCCCGGAAUCGCAGGCCGAGUCCGAGGUUGGGUUUGAGGGCGAUAGCCUUCAAACUGCGCAGGACAAGAUCAUGUCAGAAUUAACCCGGCUGAAGGACUCUGAUGGCGAAGAUGUAUCUUAUCCUUUCAUCGGAAAGCCAGAUCGAAAUCUUUACAAGGAUUAUUACGAGAUUAUUCAGCACCCUGUCUCUCUCAGGAGCAUUCAGAAGAAAGUCCGGGGGACAGACAGCAGAAAGAAUUCAUCAAGAGCAACCGCCUAUCCUACUUGGAACUCCUUCGAGGAGGAAGUCGGCUGGAUAUGGCGAAAUGCAAGAGAAUAUAAUGAAGAUGAUAGCGACAUCUCUGUCCUGGCUGGGAUUUUGGAGCGUCAUUUCAAAGAACGGGUUGCGGAGGCUAAAAAGCUUGUACCGGACCAAUUGCAGAUGGAUGGAAAUCUCGAAAUGCCUCGCAUCAAAUUGAAGAUGGGUACAGGCAUGCCAGAACCGGCAGCGCAGAGGCUAUCCUUGAAACUUUCUGCGCAGGCUUCCGAUACUGCAUUCAAGGACAACAACCAUCAAUCAUCCAGUGUCGCUGUCGAUGAAGAAUUACUGACACGCCAACAAGGCCACGUCAGGACUGAGUCCAUAGGUCAACAUACCAACAUGUCUCCUCGAACAAGGUCCCUUCGGGGAAAUGUCGAGAGCCCCGAAUCAAGUGCAGCAAACACCCUGAAUAGCGCAGACCAGCACCAGGGCUUGACGAAUGGACGCGGUAUGUCCAAUCCAAUCAAGAAUGAGACAGGAACUUCACAAGAUUCUCCUGAUACUUUUGCGGAGGCUUCUGCAACAGAGAUCUCUCAUCAUUCUUCAAGUUCAGCUCAUAUUUCCUUCCAUCAACCUCUCGGUACAUCUCCUACGGAUUCUUUUUUGAGACGACCAGGUCAAGAUGCAAGCACCUCUUUGAUCCAGAACGUUCAAAUCGUCUCACACGCCUCCCUCUCAUUGCAGCAUAGUUUCCGUCUAGAUGUACCCCCUUCUUCGCGGAUUUCGCAGCAAAAUAUCACUGUCAAUCUUCCUGCGUCGCACAGCUUGCUCACGGUGAAGCCUCGCUUGGCAGCCAGUACUACCCAGCGGCAGGUGAAGAUAGUCGCGCUCGUUGGUCUGCAGCGGCUUCACUCCUCUGGUGAUGCGAACACACUUGCAUAUGAUGUUCAACUUCAUCCUGGUAUGACUAGAAUUGAUUUGGAAGCUAUCGUGGGACCGGCUACGGGGGUUCCCAAGUCUGGGCCACCCGGUUCAGAUGUUGACUAUGAGCGUGUGACUAUGUUCUUCAACCUGCUCAGGUGA